AUGCCUGUCAAUGGCGUCCAGCACGAGGAGGAUUUGCUAGAUUCCGACGAUUAUGACCCUAUAGAACACCUCGAUCAAAUCUUUUCACACCCGUCGACCCUCUCGUCUGUCAGCCGGACCUUCGAAAUCCUCCAGGCAUAUCAAGAUGACCUCGACGACGAGAUUGAGGCUCUCGAAGAUGAGCAGAUCCAGUCGAAUGCAGAAUGCCUGCGGCGCAUGGAAGCCUCAAAGGCCGAGCUGGCGGAGCUCUUCCAGCGCAUCGAGAGUGUCCGGGAGCGCGCACUGCGGACGGAACAAAACAUCACCGAGAUGACAGCGGACAUCAAGCAGCUGGACAACACCAAGAAGAAUCUCACGCUCUCCAUGACUGCGCUGAAGAGGCUGCAGAUGUUGACUACCGCCUACGAACAGCUGCGAGCAAUGAGCAAGACGAGACAAUACAGAGAAUGUGCGCAGCUCCUGCAGGCGGUGAUCCAGCUCAUGGCCCAUUUCAAAUCCUACCGUUCGAUAGAUCAGAUUGCGACGUUGAGCAGGAACGUGGCAGAUAUACAGAGAGAGUUGCUGGAACAGGUGUGCGAGGACUUUGAGAUUACCUUCAGCAAGGAAGAGGUGGCUCAGAAACGAGGCUUGCUCCAUGAGGCGUGUCUGGUAGUCGACGCCCUCGGCGAUGCCGCCCGGUCCAGGUUGACCACCUGGUAUUGCAAUACGCAGCUUCGGCAGUAUCGGCACAUCUUUAAGGGGGAUCAGGAGGCAGGAUCGCUCGACAACAUCGAUCGCAGGUACGCAUGGUUCAAAAAGACGUUGAAGAUAUACGACGAGGAACACGCCGCCAUCUUCCCCUCACACUGGCGAGUCAAUGAAAUCCUCGCCAACGUCUUUGCCGAAGGGACGCGGGAAGACUACAAGGGCAUCCUAGCAAGAACCACCCGCAAUGGGCAGACCAUUGAUGUCCAGCUGUUAUUGUCAUGUUUGCAGCAAACUCUGGAUUUUGAGCACAGCCUGGAAAGGAGAUUCAACCAAUCCUCGAGAGCGUCGAUUGAUACAAUGGCGUCGGCCAGUGACACUCCAGUUUUUGGCCAGCCGAUCUCGGACGCUUUCGAGCCGUAUCUGAGUCUAUGGGUGGAAGCACAGGAUAAGGAACUCGCGGGCCUGAUACCGCAAUACAGGCAGCGACCGACCAAACCUGCGGACGAGGAGUUCUCCUCGCAACACGUCAUUGCUUCGUCGACUGAGUUAUUCAACUUCUACCGACACUCCCUCGCGCAAUGUGCGAAGCUUUCCACUGGACAGCCUUUGCUGGACCUGUCUAGGGUGUUUGGCCGCUAUCUUGAUCAAUAUGCGCAGCAAGUACUCCUGUUCUAUAUUUCCGAGAAGCCGACAGGGGGCACACCUUCUCGAAUACCCACAGUCGAAGACGUGAUCUUGGUUCUCAACACGGCGGAUUACUGUUUCCAAACCUCGACUUCUCUUGAAGAGAAGAUCAAAAGCCGGAUAGACGAGGGGCUGAAGGACAAAGUCGACUUGCAGAGCCAAGCAGAUGCCUUCAUGGGGAUAGCGAGCGCGGCAGUCCGAGGCUUGGUCCGUCGUGUGGAAGUUGACUUGGAACCCAGUUGGCGUGAGAUGCGAAACACGUCCUGGUCAAAGAUUGACAUCGGUGAACAUCAAAGUCCCUACAUCACAGGUCUGGAGAACCGAAUCAGAGACCGUUCCAGUGAGAUCCUGGGCAUGCUUCACAAGCAGCAGUAUGCGCGUGCAUUCGCCGACAAUCUUGUUGAGCUGUUCGCGUCAACUUACAUUGCUAAUAUCGUUCAAUGCAAGCCCAUUUCGGAAGGCGGAGCUGAGCAGAUGUUGCUCGACACUCACGAGAUCAAGAACACCCUGAACCAGAUACUUCCCGGAACUCCGCCGCCACUUUUCCUCAAACGCGUUGCUGCUGCCUUUGGCAAGAUUGAGCCGUUGUUGAAGACUCUGCAAGUGCGACCGUCCCCCCCAGAGGCCCUCGUCCAAGCUUACCUGAUCCACAUCGCGGACCUGUCGGAAGUCAACUUUCGCAAAAUCCUCGAAUUGAAAGGGAUCCGCGCAAAGUCAGAACAAAACCACUUGGUUGAAUUAUUUCAAAUGCACAAGUUCAGCCCACGGUACAAGGACACAUUGGUAGAGAAGUCGCCCUUGCUCACUCCAUUGAAUAUUUCAGCAUCCGGCUCGUCCACUGGGACUGCGGCAACCUCAGCUGGUGCCCUCCACAAUCUUUCUGCAUUGGGAAAUUCUGCGGCAGCGUCCCUGAGCACGGCAAACCUUCCCGCAAACAUGAAGUUUGAUGCUUCUGGACUGGGAAACGCGAUAAUUGACCGAUUCAGUAGCCCUGGUCUUGGAACACCUCGGGACGGAGCCACAAGUCCACCACCCGGUGGUCCUACCACAGGCACGCAUGCUGCAGGUGAUGGGGGAUUUCCCGGCGCAGAUGCUGGGGCGAAGCUGAAUGAGAAUUUGAAAAACAUAGGAAAAUUCUUCAAGAGGGACCUGGGCGGGUUUGGGGGUAUAGGUCGAUUUGGAAGUAAUAAAACCACGAGCCCCGCCCCUCCUGAAGACCGAUCAAACGGCCGAUAG